AGACAACUCUGACAAGUUCCCGGUUAAUUCCCCACACGAAAAGACCGCAGUGCAUGAAGGUGCAGAGGGGAUAAUAAUGUACACAUCAAUCUGGUAUUGCAGAGAAAGUGCUUGAAUUGUCGUCACACAAUGUGAGCGUUCAGCAGCACUUUUAAUCUUUUGCCAGCAGUUUCAAGACCAUUGUCUGACUUGGAUUAACUAACUUUCAACGGAACGUUAUGAGAAGGUUACCAUCUACAGCUGUAUAUGAUAGUGAAGAGACAAUUCUGUUGCUAUAGACUCUGUCAUCAUUAAUGCUAAUUCCAGUACUUGAACAGCGAUAACAACCAUGACAUCGAUAGGAUUUAGUUGACCACUAAUGGUAAUGGUAACGAUCUCUUACAGUCUGGGUUGGUCUUAUGCCUCUUGUAGGGAUCAUCGAAAUGUAUUAAUCCACUUGUCCAGAAAAUUCGAAAAGGACUGUCCGUACCGAAGGACAAAGAGUGAGAGCAAAAUUAAAAAUGAGAAUUUAACACCAGAGACUAAUUUUUCUGCUUUCCGGACACUUUAAACUCUCAAGAUGAUGAUCAACGAUCAAAUUAUCUUGGAGGAAGAUUAUGAUGAGACCUAUAUUCCAACCGAGGAAGAAAUCUUUGAAUAUGCCCAAACUGUGGGUAUUGACCCAGAGAAUGAACCUCAUUUGUUAUGGAUUGCACGUGAAGGCAUUUGUGCACCAUUGCCAGAACACUGGAAACCCUGUCAAGAUCCAAAUGGGCAUAUAUACUACUUUAAUUUUGCCACUGGUGAGAGCAUUUGGGAUCAUCCUUGUGAUGAGUUUUAUCGCAGAAUGGUAACCGAUGAGCGUAGAAAGUGUGUUUCUAACAAAGGUGGACCCCUUGGAGGCUCAGCUGGUAAGAAGAAAGGUAAGCUGAGCAGAGAUGACUUGCUGAAGAAAAAGAAAGAAAAAGAGCCGACUGCUGGCAAGCUAGGACUGCUGAAGGCAGAGCAGAGUGCAGGUACGCCAACCUUACACAGGGCAGGUGCACUGGGAUCUCUUAAAGUAACUGACAGCUUUUCUGCCAUGCGAGGAUCUGGGGGUGGCAGUCAACAGGUGGCUAGCAGUCUUAAUACCACUACAGGAUCUGUGAAGUCACGCAGCUUUAAUCUUACUAGUAGCAUGAGUCUACCUGUGUAUUCAAAUGAAUAUGAUAAUGAGGAUGAUGAUGAGAAAAGUUUAAGAGGCAAAUACGCAAGCGGGAGAGAGGGUGCACUUGUUUAUGUGGAAUCAGAUCCUGAAGAUAGACUGCUAAUAAAACAGAGUGCUGUCAAGAUAGGAUCAGACAGUGAAGACAGCUACGACUAUAAAAAUGAUGUUGACUUUGGUAUUGACAAGAAUCUGUCAGAAAAGCUAAUGGGAAUUGAAAACCUGGAGCCUGCAUUACGGGGUUCCCUUGAAAAAAUGGCACAGCAACAUUCACUGUCAAGUGAUUUUGAUGGAACAUUGUCAGUGAAGUCUACAGCUCGGGAUGAAUCUCCAGGACCUGGUAAAAUAUCUCCUUUGGAUCGACUGGAUGAGGAGAGGAAAAAAAACAGUUGAACUGGCUUCCAUCUCAACUGAUAGGAGAGUGGAACAGGAAAGGCAACUGAGGGAUGAGGAGCUUCAGAUAAGAACAGCUAAUGAUCGUGCACGGCAGGAGAUGAAGCAAAGAUUGGAAAAGGAAUUAGAAAAUUCCAAACUAGAGCUGCUUGAAGACAAAGACAUGAGACUGAAAAAGCUGAAGGAAGAGAUUUUGAAAGAGCAGCAGCGGGAGGAACAUCGUAUCAGGGAUGAAAACAGGGAAAUAAUAAAUCAACUCCAGAAAGAGGCUGAGAAAGAGCAAGAAGCAAAAAGACUAGAGUUGUCUUGUCCAAGAUGAAGAACUGCAAAAACUCAUCCAAGAACAUGAAAGGGCCAAACAGGCAGAGGAAGUGAAGUU